CGGCGGAAGGUUCGGGAAUUGUUACCGGGGUUGGGGUGGGGAGAAGAAAAAGCAGAGCCGAUUAAAGCCCACCGCCUUUCACCCCCUGGGGGGUAUCCUCACACCCCCUACCCCACCGUCCUUCCCUCUCUCCUUCACCUCCUCUAGCCGCCAUCUUCGCCGAGCAGCAGUAACCGCCAUCGCGACUCCGGGCCCCGGCUGGGGUUUUGAAAAGGCGAGGGGCCGCCAUCAACGGAAAGACAGAGACACCGAGCUCGGGUGUGUGGCCUCCCGGGAGCUGCUGUGAACCUGAAUCCAGGCCCGGGGGCAGUGGGUGAGGGCAGACCCGAUGAUGUACCGGUGCCCUCCGCCGACUUAAUCCGGGUGGACGGCUCGAAGAUUCGGCCUGUUUUAGGCGGAGCAGCCCGCCCUCCGCCGUGAUUUAUCACGGAGAGAUUCCCCCUUUUUUUUUCCAGAAGAAAAACAUAUCAAGAAUUCAUCGCCCUUUAAUUCCGCGCUAGAGGAAAGUGAAGGGAGUUUGUUUAUUUUCUUUACCUCUUUUUUUUAACCGAGAUGUUGGCCGGAGCCAAGGACAAUCCGUGCCGCAAAUUCCAGGCUAAUAUCUUCAAUAAGAGCAAAUGUCAAAAUUGCUUCAAACCCCGGGAGGUGCACUUACUGACGGACGAGGACUUGAACCAGGCUAAACCCAUCUAUGGAGGCUGGUUGUGUUUGGCACCUGAAGGUACAGAUUUUGAAAAUCCAAUGCAGAAAUCUCGAAAAUGGCAGCGCAGAUUCUUUGUGUUAUAUGAACAUGGCUGUCUACGUUAUGCUUUGGAUGAAUCACCAAGUACCCUGCCACAAGGGACAGUUAACAUGAAUCAGUGCACAGAUGUUGUUGAUGCAGAGCCCAAGACUGGUCAGAAGAAUGCACUCUGCAUUGUCACCCCUGAACGUGAGUUCUUCAUUCGUGGCGAGUCCAAAGAAAUAAUUAAUGGAUGGCUUGAGCAACUGAUGGUAUAUCCCAGAACUAAUAAGCAAAAUCAGAAGAAGAAAAGGAAGGUGGAACCUACAACUGCGCAGGAACCUGGGCCAGCUAAAGUGGCAGUGACCGGUUCAGGGAUCCCUGAUCCAGAAAAGGUUCCAGAUUCACGGUCCAGCCUGUGGCAGGAGGAGUUUCAUGGUAGAGACGUGGAGACAACUCAAAAUUGGCCUCCUCCUGAUGGUGGCUGUCAUGGAGGAUUGUUUUCCCUGAGAGAGGCAGGUGAUGUCCAUCCCCUUGAUGUUGUGUCUGAUCAUAGUUCUGUUAAUGGAGAUGAAGUGGAUAGAGGAAGGGUGCAGUCUCUUGACCAGCAGAGGCAAGAAAUAUGCAUCCUUUCGCCUGCCAGCAGUUCUUCAAGCAAGCACAGUACAGAACCUGGUGGUAUUCCCCGUUGCCCAUCACCAGUGUAUAGUGAUCCUUUUCCGUCAGCCAGUAGCUUGUUAUCCAAUGGAUCGCAUAUCAGUGGGUCAAUGAGCUCUUUGGAUUCUGAAGCAAGUGGAAGCACAGUAACGAGCACAGAUAGUCACCAUGCUGAAGCGAUGGCCAGAAGAGCUGACCAUUCACGAGCCAAUAGAGAAUUUUGUGAGGCUGACAUGAGAAAAGUGGGAAAACGGACACGAAUAAGAAGUCCAGAGAGAGGUGAAGCAGACCAAGUGAUUGGGCAAGAUGGAAGGCGUUCCACUGUGAUAGAGAAAUUAGAAGCGCUCGAGCUGGAUGCUGAUCGAAUGGGUGCUGAUGAAACAACUCUCAGUGAUUCACGACCCGGGAGAAGUGAAACUCGGCAAGUUCAAAGGAUAGAGGAAAUGAAGAAGAAACCCGUCAAAGAGCAGCGUUUUCAUUCUUCUGCUGUACCCCCUCUUCGGCGGGCGAAAUCCCUUGAUAGAAGAACAACGGAAUCCAUUAUGACGUCUGCAUGGCUCAAAGACUUUACAUCCAGACCAGUGGGCGAGCCGGAUCUCCUGAAUUUUAAGAAAGGAUGGAUGGUAAAGCUUGAUGAAAUGGGUCAGUGGAAGAAAUACUGGUUUGUACUGACUGACCAUAGUCUGCGUUACUACAAGGACUCAAUUGCUGAGGACGCAUCAGAUUUGGAUGGUGAAAUUGAUUUAUCUACUUGCUAUAAUGUAACCGAAUAUCAGGUCCAGCGCAACUAUGGCUUCCAAAUUCAUACCCAGGAAGCUUUGUUUACCCUUUCUGCAAUGACUGCUGGCAUCCGACGCAAUUGGAUGCAGGCAUUGAUGAAAAAUAUCCGACCUUCAAAAGCGCCAGAUGUUGCCAGCUUACCAGAAGAACAAUGUGCUGUGAUGCUCCCAGAUACUACUCCACAUUAUGAUAGCAAAUCAGAUUCUCCAUCUUCUGAAGCUUCUUCUGUGGAUAAAGAGACAGGGCAGAGAAAAAGCCGAGCACGUGAAAGGAGGAGAGAGGGCAGGUCAAAAACUUUUGACUGGGCAGAAUUCAGGCCAAUAGCACAAGCAAUAGCACAAGAAAGAGCAGCAAAAGCAGAUUCAUGUGACAGUCAUUCGGAAAGAUUUGGUUCAUCUUCAUCAGACCUGAAUGACUGGGAACGGACUAAACGGCGCGAGGAACGUAGAAAAAGAUAUGAGGCUGUGACUGGAACAGUAGGCUCGAGUUCAGGUGAUGCAAACAGGAUGGAAUUUGAAUCAUCAAGUUCCUCGCCAUUGCUGGAUCGGAGGCAAAAGAUGCACGAUGAAAUUGAAGAGCACUGGCAGCAGGUAGAACGCACGCCCAUAAGGGAAGAACGGCGGGUACCACUGGCAACAGUACUGGCAAGUUCACAAACAUCACAGAUUGAUAAGCUACUGGAAACCCAUACAAAGGAGCUUGAAGAAUUGAAAACUCAAUUGGACCACUGCCAGCUAGAGUUGAUAGACGCACAGAAAUACAGAGCAGAGCUCGAAGCUCAGCUGAAGGCUAGCGUGGAACGUGAACAACAGAUCCGUUCUGGGUACAUUUCCCAGCUGGAGCCACCUUUGGCAAGUUCAAAUGCCUGGCAGCAGCUACAGAAGCUGAACCAGGAUCUACAAGCUGAGCUGGAAGUUCAACAACAGAAACAGGAAGGGGUAAAUGCGCAAGCUCAAAGCCUAAAAAAAAGCUAUCAGGAUGCCAAGGAGCUCCUGAGACAACAAGAGACAAAAAUGCAAAACCUUCAGGCCAGAUUGGACAUUUCUUUAUCAGAGGUUGCCAUUAAUGAACAGUCAUUAUCUAAAGCACAAAAUGAUUUGCGCCUUGAGCGUCAAAAGUAUAAAGAGCAAGCGGACGAGUACGAGAGAAAACUAAGCAUGUUUAGCAAUAAAUUGCAAGAGAGUGAAGAGAAGCUUCGAGAAGUAGAGGGGCUACUUCUUGAAAAAACACAAGCUUUUAGGGAUCUAGAAAGACAAAUUGCUCUUCAGGAUGACUAUCAGCGAGAAGUAAAGCGACUACAAGAGCACCUAGAAGGAGUAACCAGUCGGUUGCAGAAUAGUGAGCAGGGGGUCAUUUUGAGUGAAGAACGUUUUCAGAAACAAUAUGAGAGCCUGAAAGAAAAAUAUGAAAAGGAAAAGGAUAUUCUGUCACACGUUGUACAAGAGGCUGAAGAGAAGGUUAGAGAAUAUGAAGAUCGUCUGCAGACUCUUGAGGCUCAGUUGGAGAGAGCUCAAAAAGAAAAACUGGCUGUCUCUUUCAAAAGCAGUGAAAUGGUGAGGCAAAUGGAAGAACAUAUUGAGAUGACUGAAGGCACAGUGAAAAGGCUGACCCAUGACAUCGACAUCUUGUCAGCUGAGAAUGAACAAUUGCAACAACAUCAUCAGGAAAUUGUUAAUCAGUUAACAGAAGCUGAUAGAGAGGUUGAAGGACUGAAAUUAGAAUUGGUGAAGGAGCGAGCAGGAUAUAGAGAUUUGAAUGAAGAUUUUGACAAAGCUAUUCAAGAGAUGAAUAAACUCAAUAAUGAAAUGGAAGAAAACAAUCUUAAAAUGGUAUCACUGAAGGAAUCUUAUGAUAGGGAACUUGAAAAGAAAAAUAAAGACUUCAAUGAGGCUUUAAUUAAGCUGGAAGCUCUAGGUACCAGCUUAGAGGAGACCGAAAAGAAACUUCAACUUAAAGAGGCUACACUUAAAGGCCUUGGAUGGCAGGUACCAACAGAUAUUGAUAUGCUGAUAGAGAAGAAAGAAGAACUUCAAAGCAAGUUAAAAGAUGCUGAAGCCAGGUUAGUUGAACAGGAGGUAAAACUGCAGGUAACUGAAAACAAUUAUAAAGAGCUUCUUUCCCAAAACAAAAAACUCCAGUCAGAUAUGGAAACUUCAAGAAAAAAUAUUGAACAUGUAACAAGAAGAAGCCUCGUAAGUAGUUCAGCAGUUGAAAAUAUUCUUCAUGCCACAAGCCGUUCAUCUGAACCAGAGGAGGUUGAAAUCUCAAUGAGUUCUAUUGCACAGCUUUCGAAAGAAUUAAUGGCAAGGCUUCAGCUUUUGGAGAGCCAGUUAUCAGCAGUGACUGGUUCAGUGGUACAAACAUGCACCGAAAGUUGGUUUUCAGGACUGCCAUCCUCUCUGAAUACUGAAAGUUCAUACUGCAAAACAGCAGGUAGUUGUGUAAUAGAUCUGAAAAAAUGCCUGGAAAUUAUAUGCACACUUGAAACUAAACUAUUGAUAACAGAACAAAACAUUAAAGGAGAAACUGCUUGUCCUUUAGAUGCAUCAGCAAGUCUGCACUGUAAUGUUAAAAAUCACAGAGGGCUGUUAGACCCUGGGGUUCAUUUAAAAGAGCAGGUAAAAGAGAACCAGUCAUUAACUUGGUCAUUUUCUCAACAGCUUUCCAACUCAAAUGUCAAACUUCAGAUACUAAUGCAAGCUGCAAACUUUGAAUUCCAAGCACUGCAAACUAAACUGCUUGAGUUCCGACAUGUUUUGGAAGAUAUACAGCAGAAAACUGGUCAACUUGCUCAAAGAUGGGACACAGAACAACAUAGACAAUUGUCUGACUUGCUACAUGCAUUACGAAGUUCAGUACAAUACUUGCAACAAAUGGAAGAAGAUCUAGGCAGAAAAAAUAGAACAUUAUUUAGUGAAGAAUAUUUAAUAAAAGCCUCUUUAACAGAGGAGGAAAAGCUACAAUAUUUAGUUGACAAACUGGCACUUGAAGCAGCAACACUUGAUAAUAUUGCCGAUGCUUUGCAGAAUUCUGACUCUGGUAUAAAAAGUACUUUAGAUGAAAUUAGAAAACACAGUGAAAACAUUACUUUGGCUUCACUGGAAGAAGUCAGUGGUCAAAUAGGACAGUCCGUUCUCAACAAGUUAUUAAUUGAAGGAGAAUUUUGGACAAAUUUUCCUAUGAUUCAUGAAAGCAAGACAACAGGCAUCGAAGAGCAAUUGAAUGAACCCAUGAAAAGUUAUCUCAAAAUGAUGGCAAACGUUGCUUUGGUAAAAGGUGAAAUUAUGUACUGGGCUCACAAUAUCUUGGAGGCUUCAGAAGAAAAAUUGCAGCAUUUGAAAUCCCAAUAUAUGAAAAUGCAUCACAGAAACCAGAACCAUAAACAGAUGCUCAGGAGUGUUAUAGAUGCUUAUGGCACUUGUAGGUUUGAUGGGCUGGUUGAGGAAAUUCGUAGUGAACUGAACAGUGAUGAAGAAGGUGAAUCGCUGUUCUUAUGUUCACAAUCCCUCAAACUACCAGUAGCAUCGGUUUCUGCUGGCCAAGAUUUUGAACUUCAAGUAAGGGCGGAGUUAGCACAACAAGUUAGGAGAAAUGCUUGCAUGUUGAAGAAAAUGUCAAGCUCCAUUCAGUCAUGCGCAGAUGAUGACCUCGGCCUCUUGGCCAGAGGGCUUGUUCACAGCAUGGAUUAUAUACCUGCGUUGAGCAGACAUAGUAAUUCAAAAAUCAUGUGGCCUUUUCUGCUCCAGGAUGCAGUGAUACAGGCUGAAUUAUCAUAUGUAAUCUCCAGGCUUCAAUUGAAGCAUGACCUUGCACAAAGUGGGAAUAUACAGCUAAGAUUGGAGGCUAUGAAGAUAGAACACUCAAACUUCAUUACUUUGUUGCACAGCAAACAUGCAGCUGAGCUGAAAAAUCUUAAGGAAGAACAGGAUUUGGAGCUAAAAAAAUUAAAAGAAGAGAUUGCGGAGUUUAAAAAAUUGGAUAUUUCACAAUCGGGCAUUUGUGCAGGAACAACUCACAUCCAAAUUGAGGGAGAACCAAUUGACUCAUUAGACAAAGCUAUUGAACUGCAGGACAUGGCAGCAAGGCAUAAGAAGGAGCUACGGGAAGUGAGAGAAGCAUAUGAAGCAGAGGUGGAGAAAUUAAAAAGGGAGAUAACAAGGGCAGGGGAGACACUGAGACUGAAAACUGAAGAAAAUGUGAAGGAAAUAGAUUCAUUGACAGUCUGCAUGGAGAAUUUAAAGGAAAAGCAUGUUGAAGAGCUCAGGAGACGACGAGAAGAAUUUAAAAUGGAGAAGAGAGAGCUGGAGCAAAGGUUUGCUAGGGUAAAAGAAGAGCUCACACAUGAAAUAGAAACUUUAAAAGAAUGUAGCAAUCCCCAAGAGUUGGACAUUGUAUGUGAUCUGCAAAGAUCCACUGACCAGUACAGAGAGACAGCAAAUGAGCCACAUUCUGUGACCUUGCUGAGAAAUCGCGUACAAGAGCUGGAGUCCCAGAUAGAUGUCAUGAAAAAUAAGAUUGAAGUCGGCUCUACAACUCUGCGGGAGAAAUAUGAAAAGGACUUGGAGAAUCUCAAGGCUACAUGUGAACGUGGAUUUUCUGCUAUGGAAGAAUCACAUCAGAAGGUAAUAGAAGAGCUUCACCGACAGCACCAACGAGAGCUAGAGAACCUACAGGAAGACAAAGAGCGGCUGUUAGCUGAAGAGACAGCUGCCACCAUCUCUGCUAUUGAAGCGAUGAAGAAUGCACACCGCCUGGAACUUGAUCGUGAACUGGAAAGAAUAAGAAAAUCACAAAGCAGUAAUGUAAAUGCAGAUCUUGAUGAAAUAUACAAACAGCACGAUGAGGAGCUGGCAUCAUUGCAACGAGAAAUUGAGGUUUUGUCAGAACAGUAUUCCCAGAAGUGUUUGGAAAACGCACACUUGGCUCAGGCUUUGGAAGCAGAGCGACAGGCAUUACGACAAUGCCAGCGUGAAAACCAGGAACUCAAUGCACACAACCAGGAGCUAAAUAAUCGUCUGGCUACGGAAAUAACCCGGCUGAGAACAAUGAUGACAGGUGACAGUGGAGGAGAUUUAACUGGCCUAUCACAAGGCAAAGAAGUAUAUGAAUUAGAGGUAUUGCUGCGGGUUAAAGAAUCGGAAAUACAGUACUUAAAACAGGAAAUCAAUUCCUUGAAAGAUGAACUGCAGACUGCGCAACGUGAUAAGAAAUAUGCUACAGACAAGUAUAAGGACAUAUACACAGAGCUAAGUAUCGUAAAAGCUAAAUCAGAGCGCGAUGUAAACAGAUUAAAAGAGCAGCUGCAGCUGGCACAGGAAGCAUUGGGAGAGCAGCCGAUGGAUGAAACCGAGCACAGCAGAUACGAUAUAAUGAAAUCAAAAAGCAAUCCAGAUAUCCUAAAGAUGGCAGCUGCAGCGAAACGAGCAGAUCGAACACAGAGGUCAAAGUCUGUGAGUAAAGCGCUGGCAUGGGACAGCUAGAGCUGCUUGAUGAUUGACACCUUCCCUUUAGAGUCUCAAAGAAGGACUUACUGUUCAACAGAGGUUUCAUCUAUUUGAAAAUAAGGAGACAAAAGAAUUUUAAGAGCUCCUUUGCAUGUUCAAGACCAGCACCUUGUCCCUGCAGAAAAUUGCAGCUCAAAGAUGACCCUUUGUGAGCUUUGGGUUUGCUGCAGCUGUGAUAAAGAAGCUGUAUUUUAAUAAAGCAAACACAUCACCCACACACCUAAUUUCCCUUAGAUUAUUAUUAUAAAAUUCUAGCAUUUACUUUAAGCUCCAUGCACUGCAGAUUACUCUUAUUACGAUCUCUAACUGUAAAUACUACAUAGGGAUUGGCUUCUUUGUUUCAAUGUUUGGGGUUCUUGUUGUCCCUCACACAGUCUGUAAAGCUGAUUUAUAUACACUGCUGUAUAAGCUACUGUGUAAACAAAAUGGGAAAUCCUUUUUAGAGAAAAAAGUAUGAAAGACACUACUUGUAUAUAACCACAAGAGAAGGGAUGCUUAUGUAUUUUCAAUUUUGUUUAUUGGACUGAAAGUUGAAGUUUGAUCUGGAUGUUGAAUUCUUGGAGCAGAAGGUACAAGUUAGAGUGUCCCAUUUUACCAGUCUGCAAAAUACUCUUUUCUCCAUCCCCUCCCACACCAAACAAAUCUUAUUAAAAUUAUCACAACCUUCCAUAAUAAUUGUUUUGCGUUUUUUUUUGUAAGCCCAUUAACUAGGGCUGGAAUUAAACUUUAAAACUUUUAAAACUUUUUAGGUAAGGUUGGUUGUGAUUUUGGACCUUUAUUCAUUUUGAUACUAUUGCUCAUGCCAUUUCUACAGCCACUGGUGAGGAACACCUAUCCCACAUUACAGUGACUCUGGACUGAAAAUUGUAAAGGAACUGCCAGCAUAUGACAGAAGUAUAAGCAAACAACAUGUACUGUUAAUCUUUCUUUGACACUAAUCUAUAUUCAGACUUUAAACCAGAAGCCUAAUUGAUCUAUCUUUUGGUGAGCACUUGCUAUUCCUUAUUCUUCUGGCACUGUUUGUUCCUGUGCAUAACAAGUACACCAAGACUUUUAUUGUAUUCUAUGUAGUAAUCAAGUGACUUUUUAUAAUAUUGACGUGAACUAAUGGCAUUGAAAACUUGAGUGAUCACCAGACGACAGAAGGCAAGUGAAAUAAGAUUGCAAUUUGACCAUUUGUGCAGUUACAAAUGUAAUCUUGUAGGAAAAACUUGAACAAAAUAAAGGGAUCUCUUCAAGUUCACCUUUUAACAGUAGUCGAUGCUCCUAAGAAGAAUCCAGUGCAGAUAAAUGCAAGUAACAAUAGCUGAUUUACUCGGUACUAAUGACAUGUUGUUUGAGUAAAUGUGCUUACACUACUUUGAAAAUGAUGAGCUGGAGUGAUGUGAAGGAGUGUGUUUGUGUCAUUUUGAUAGUUUCAUAUUCCAGUUUCUCUCACUAGCCCACCAAAAGGAUUCUGUUUCUCAAAAUAAAAACUGUAGGAUCUGAAAAAGUUGGUACUUAUUUUUUUUGCCCAGUAUGUGCAGAAGGGGUGUCAUCUUGCUGUGUGUGAGAGAGUGAGGAGAUGUUGAGUAACUUCGUAACUUCUGCCGUUGGCAGACCCCUGUAUUUAUUUAAAUGUGCUGAAUUUGCUCCACUUCCCAAUAAUAAAAACUGCUGUCUGUGAUUGUAAAUACCACACCACCAAACUUUGCAUAUGUUAGCAAUAAAAUAUUUUUGCACCACGUC